AUGCUAACGCCGGCAACGCUACUAACCUGCGGCUUCCGCGCCUCGAGGAGCUGGAGGGGGCUGUUUAAGUUCGACCAGGUACUGUCCGGCAAGCGCCCGCCGCCCGCCGACGGCCCGGCCGGUAUUGCCGCCGCGUGCAAGAGGGCCAGGGUCCGACAGCGGCCGUAUGCGGGCGAGGACGACAUACUGGCCGCCGCCCGAUACAUAUACCGCGACCCCAAGCUCGAGUUCCGCACGCCCGGCCAGCGCGCUGCGGCUAUGGCUAUGCUAGCGCCGGACUUGCCGGAUCAGCUUAUCGUCGUACUCGGCACCGGCUCCGGCAAGAGCCUACUGUUUAUAGUCGGUACGUUAGUGCAGGACGCCGGGGUAACGAUUGUAGUCAUACCCCAGGUGGCCCUGCGCGGUAACGUACAGUUGCGCCUGCGGGGUAAUCUUAAAAUGUAG